AUGGAUUUUUACCAAGAAAAUGCAAUCGAGAAUUGGACGUGCGUGGCUUUAUUGAAAUAUUAUCGUUUGAAGAAGAAGCAGAAGGAUAGAAAGAGGACAUUUGACUCCAUUAAAAAAGACCUCUUAUUGGUGGAAGAUUCUAUUUCUUUCAGUCCGGAAAAAAGGAGAAAAGCUCGAGAAAUCCUUGACAACUGGAAGAAAUGGACCGCGCCGAUGAAGAAUAUUCAACAAGCAUGUGCCAGUAUCCGAAGUCUGCGGGUGAAGCGGUUAAACCAGCUUGCAACUUCGGCUGGAUUUAUAUACAAUGAUAAUCGUAAAGCUCCAAGAAAACGUUUUGGAGAUGUAGAAGAUGAAGGGGCUAAUACAAAAAAUCGGAAUGUGAAAAACGUUAAUUAUCCCGAUGAAGUGGAUGAAUCAAUUGUAAGUAUCUUUAUUAUGUAA